AUCAACUUUCAGCAAGAGGUUAUCUGUAAUUAAUGGAUUUGUUGUUUUUAUUAUGAUGUUAUACAAUUUAUUCAGAAAUAUAAAAAACUCUAAUAUUCUAGUUAAUGAUAAAUGUAUUGUUCAAAUCUUCAAGGUAAAUUAUUGUAAAAAAGAAGAUAGCCGGUCAGAAAGCUGUAAUGGAAACAGCAUUACAGAUCUAAUUAGGCACAAUUUCCAUUCAGAGUGCGAAGAAGGGCUCAACGAGCAAAUCAACUGUGAACUGUAUGCCAGCUAUGCUUACUUCUGCAUGUCAAACUGUAUGAGUCGACCAGAUGUGGCAUUGUUUGGGUUUGCCAAUUUCUUCUUGAAUGCGUCACGAGAGGAACAGAAACAUGCACAAAUGCUGGUGGACUUUGUAAACAAGAGAGGUGGCACGGUUCAGUUGUGUGACGUGCUCAAACCAGAGCCUGGAGAGUACCACAACCCGGAGGUUGCUUUAGAGGAGAGUAUCUUGCUGGAGAAACACGUGCUCAAGAAUAUUGAAGAGCUUCACAAGAAGUCAGUGAUCCAUAAUGACAUGUUCCUACAAGACUUUCUGGAGGCUCACAUGAUUCCUGAACAAUAUGAUGGGCUGCAGCAGUUGGGUGAGAUGUUGGCCAAUGUUCGCCGAGCGGGCUCAGGAGUGGGUGUGGUACUUCUAGACAGAGACCUCUUACGAUAUCCCGUAAAAUCCCACGGAUCCUCAAAAGAUGAGAAAAAUGACUGAUGGCUCUUGUAUUUAAAGUGGGUCAGGGCUAAAAGAAGUGUUUCCAAUCAUUUUUGCCCGUGGGUGAUAAGUUUGAAAAUUUUUUUUAAAAGUUUAAAAUUGUAUGCAUAACUUUUAAAAAAUAAAUCAGUAAAACUUA